GGCUCUGUUUAUCGGAACAACCAAAAAAAUACCGGUAGCAGAGACUGUCAUAAUAAUAACAAGCAAGAUGGUGGCUCAUCGUCGUGGCAAUGGCCGUCCCAACAACUCGUUUGGAGCGAGGCUCGCAAAAAGAUUGGUGGGAAAGGUGCGAGAGGCCGAGAGCGAAUUUCCGCAACCCGACUAUGUGUCUACCCCGCAAUCGAGCCCAAAGAAGAAGAAAAAGACUGCCGAUGAUGACUGUGUUUCCACCCCUGUAGUAGACAGCCACAUGAAACCCAGUCCAGCACAGAUUCGAGCGGCUGCCGGUCAACGGUGCUGGGAGAAGAGUGGAUUAGUGUCAUCUCCUCAACGUAGUGCCAAGAAAGAGCACCAGUUGCCCGAGUUGUCGCUCCAUCACGACGACGUGUCCUAUUCAUAA